AUGGCUGGAGAUGAGAAGGGCAAUCUUCGUGAACUUUCUGCAUGUUUAAGUCAGGCUAGUAGCCUAAUCAACGAUAUAUUACAACAGCCAACUCAACAACCACAGAAUAGUAGCUCGUCGACCUCUUCCGAACGUGUAUCGCAGGCAAUACAAAAUGAACGGACCCCCGAGGCUGCAAGAAAUCGAUCAUGCGAAUCUUCGUCUAGCCAGCAUGUCAGUGUUGUGAGUUCAGCCGUUAACAGGGCGCGAUUGAUGAUUCAGCAAUCUUCCUCGAAAGGUUUAUACUCGCGAUUAGGAAAAAAAGAGCGACUGAGGGCAACAAAACCAGCAUCAGAAACAAAGCCGAAGAAGCCGCGUGUUGUAACUGACGAAAAGCCAAAGGUUUUCGAGUUCGUCCUUCUCCAAAUAGGAGAAUUAUGCGAGGACACUGAGAUAAUUGUUUACGAAGAAAACAUGAUGGCGCUUCGUGGUUUCAUUGAGGUCACAAAAGCUGCUACUGAGAAGGACAUUCGUGAAAAACUUGGGGAGGCAAUUAGAAUAAAAUUUCCUAUGGUGUCUGAUGACUCUGAUACAGACUUCGAGUUCGUGCGAGCCAAUCGUGGCAGAAUAACAAAACCAGUUACUGUCGGCGAAUACAACUACCAGCAAAUCAAGUUGCUUGCCGGACAAGGGUGUAUUUACUUGAAGAUGAAAGGAGGAUUUGACUGUCUUCUUGUUGAGGACAAAAUUGAAGAUGAAUUUGAUUUUGAGAAUG